GGGCGGGCGCUGCCAAUCUGCGCAGCGCGGAAGGCGCCGAGGCCCGCAGGCGCUGCGUGCGCUGCUCCUACUGCUCCUGCUGCUGCUGCUGCUGCUGCUGCUGCUGCUGCUGCUGCUGCUGCUGCUGCGUGCGCUGCCCCUGCCGCUGCCCGCCAUGAGCGGCCGCCUGCCCGCCGAGGCGCUGGGGCGCAGGGUGCUGUGCGGCACGGAGCGGGCGACCGUGCGGUACGUCGGCGGCCUGCCUGCCGCGGCGGGAAUUUGGCUUGGAGUGGAAUGGGAUGAUCCUCAGAGAGGAAAACAUGAUGGUACCUACGAAGGAACACAGUAUUUUAAAUGCAGGCAUCCCAGAGGAGGAUCAUUUAUCCGGCCAAACAAGGCAAAUUUUGGAGUAGAUUUUCUCACUGCAGUAAAGGACCGAUACGGGUUGAAGGAGCAAGAUGUUCAAAAUGGGACAAAGAAUACAUUAGUAUUGGGAAAGAAGACCGUGGAACUUAUUGGCAUGGAUUCUAUUGCAGAACAACAAAGCCAGCUGAACCUACUGGUAGAUAUCUCGGUGCGUGAGUGUGCAGUGAGCCAUGCUGGUCAGAAAGAGGAAAUCAGCAGAACAUGUGCUAAUAUCAGACACAUAAAUCUAUCAAAAAAUCUGUUGUCAUCUUGGGAUACAGUCACAGAUAUUGCUUCUCAAGUUCCAAAUCUGGAAACACUUAAUAUCAGUGAAAACAAAAUGAAAUUUCCAUCUACAUCAAUUUCUGUAUGUAAUGUAUUUUCAAAACUGAAGAUUCUGGCACUUAAUCAGACUGAGAUAACAUGGACAGAGGUCCUUGUUUGUGCUCGAGGAUGGCCAGCACUUGAAGAAUUGUACCUUACUUCCAAUAAUAUUACUGUUUUGGAAAGGCCUGAUAAUGUCCUGCAGACCCUGAAAUUGUUAGACCUCUCAGACAACCAGUUACUGGAUGGAAAUCAGCUGCAUCAGAUAGCACAUCUCCCCAGAUUAGAACAGCUAAUACUUAGAAACACUGGAAUAUCUUCCAUACACUUUCCUGAUAGUGAAUUUGGACACAAGACUAAAAUGUUUCCUUCAUUAAAACGCCUCGCAAUAAAUGACAAUAAAAUAUCGCAGUGGUCAUCAAUCAAUGAGCUUGAGAAACUGCCAAGUUUGCGGUCACUGCAGUGUCACAAUAACCCUUUGAUGGACACAGAGAAGAACCCAGAGACCCUGAGACAGCUAAUUAUUGCCAAGAUAAGUCAACUGGAGGUUUUGAACAAGUCUGAGAUCCUUCCUGCUGAAAGAAAAGGAGCAGAGCUUGAUUAUCGCAAAAUAUUUGGAAAAGAGUGGCUAGCAGCUGGCGGAAAUUGGAACCCAGAGAGAAACAAACCGAGUGAAGAAUUUCGUGCUGCCCAUCCCCGAUACGCAGCACUUUGCCUUAAAUAUGGUGCACCUGAAGAAGGAGAACUGAAGGGACAACAGCCUUUGACUCUGAAAAAUCAGCUUCUGACUUUGACAAUUAAAUGUCCUGACAAACCUGAACAGAAGCCAGUAGAAAAAAAGCUACCAGAGUCCAUGACUAUUCAAAGGGUCAAAGGAUUGCUCUAUCGCCUACUUAAAAUUCCUGGUUCAGAACUGAAACUGUCCUACGAAAGUUCUAAACUGGCAGGAAAAGAAGUUGAACUAGACAACGACUUAAAGCCUUUGCAGUUUUACUCAAUUGAAAAUGGAGACUGUGUGCUAGUACGGUGGUAACAAGGAGCUCCCUUGAUAGACUGAAGGCAAAACCAAGACGGGAACUGCAGAAGAGUUACGGGCUGCCUGCAGACAGCGUGUACAACAUGUGCCUGAACACCUACGGGAGAACAUGAAUUUCAUACAUGGCACCAGAGCACUAUACAAUAAUACUUCCAGCUCCUAAACUUAGUAAUUAAUCUUUAUGAAGGCCUUUGCUUUUGAUUGAAGUGUCUUAUGUGGGAGAUACCAAAUAGUGCUUAAAGUCUUCAAUUAAAUAAAACUCAAGGUAA